CAAACACACACACGCAGUCACUUGAGGUCUGAAGCCUUGCUCCGCCUUAUUUUUUUAGCUCUGUAACUUUUCAUCAAUGAUUCACUCUCUUGAAGUCGACCUUCCUUCAUGACCGUCUAAAAUAACAAAAGCUGACCUCAGAUCAGUUCCAACUGUGAGCCUCCUGCAGCUCUGCCGGGUCUCCGAUUUGAGUCUCCUCAGUGUCUUGAACCGAGAACCCUGCUUGCACAUUUAUCUCCGCAUCCUCUUCACACAGCAUCUUGGUCCUCACAAACUAGAAAUACCAUGUCCUGUUGAUCCUCAGGUUGUCAAACUGAGGUCAGGUCUGUCAAACACUGAUGCUGGAGCUCCAGUGGGAGUGGAAUGGAUAGUAGCCAUGGCACACUGUAAUCAGCGGUCGCCCUCCACCUCUUCUCAUGAUGAUGUCAACCUGGGACCUUCAGCAAACCCACAUGCCAGGCCCACUGACUUUGACUUCUUGACUGUCAUUGGCAAAGGAACCUUUGGAAAGGUCCUGCUCGCCAAGCUCAAAGCCGACAACAAGUUCUACGCCGUCAAAGUGCUGCAGAAGAAAGUCAUCCUGAAGAAAAAAGAGCAAAAGAACAUUAUGGCAGAAAGAAAUGUGCUUCUGAAGAGUCUGAAACAUCCCUUUCUGGUUCGGCUCCACUACUCCUUCCAGACCCCAGAGAAGCUGUACUUUGUCCUUGACUAUGUGAAUGGGGGAGAGUUGUUUUUCCACCUGCAAAGAGAGAGGUUUUUCUCAGAGCCCAGAGCGAGGUUCUACACAGCUGAGGUAGCGAGUGCUAUCGGCUAUCUUCAUUCUCUCAACAUUGUUUACAGAGAUCUGAAGCCAGAGAAUAUUCUCUUAGACUCUCAGGGCCAUGUGGUACUGACAGAUUUUGGGCUGUGCAAAGAAGACGUAGAGCCAGAGGGAACCACCUCGACUUUCUGUGGGACUCCAGAAUACUUGGCACCGGAGGUUCUUCGUAAGGAACCAUAUGACAGGACAGUGGACUGGUGGUGUCUGGGAGCAGUGCUCUAUGAGAUGAUCUACAGCCUGCCUCCUUUCUACAGCUGUGAUGUUAAUGAAAUGUACGAUGGGAUCCUUCACAAGUCGUUGCCACUUCCUCCAGGGAAGACUGAGGCCCUCUGCUCUCUGCUGGUGGGUCUGCUGCAGAAGGACCAGCACAGACGCCUUGGGGCCAUUGCUGACUUUUUGGAAAUUAAGAACCACAUCUUUUUCUCUCCAAUCAACUGGGAUGACCUUUACCACAAGAGAAUCACUCCUCCUUACAACCCUAAUGUGAGAGGCCCAGCUGACACUCAGCAUAUUGAUCCAGAGUUCACCAGAGAAAUGGUUCCUAACUCAGUGAGCCAGACCCCUGAGUUCAACGCCAGUACCAGCUCCAACAACGCCUUCAAUGGCUUCUCCUUUGUCGGCAGCGAGGACAGCUUUCUGUGAUGCUGGAGUUAACUGUUCAGAUGUUUGAUUUAAUACAGUGAUCACACCUCUUUUGAGUUAAGAUCUCAUGAAAAUAAGAGCUACUCAUGCACCAUUGCAGAAAUCCCACAUGACAUUGAUCAUGUUUGAAUAAGGGAUUUCCACAUUGAAGGUGUAGCAGAAAGGAAGCUAGCCUGCCGGUGAGGCAUUUAAGAUUAAAAUAUGACAAACGUUUUGCCUGGAAGUCCCAGGUCUGUUGUUAGAGAGAUAACGGGAAUUGACAUGAAUGUAUUACCAAAUAUACAGGGCUCUCAUGAAGAGCAUCUUUAAGAUGCAGUGUAAAUGAUCUUUAUUCCAUCAAUUUGCCAUGGAAUGAAGCGCAUGUGAGGUUGGAUUUACACAAAGAUGUUUUUUUAUAAUUAUUUUAUACACAAACAUUAUUAAUCUGUUUAAAAAGAAAAAGAACAUAACAUUGUCUCUUCCUCUGUACAUCCAGGCUUAGGGGUCUAUUUUUCUAAAAUAGGGUGCACAAACACAAGCAAAAUCUCGAGGCGCAAACACAAAUGGCCAUGAGCAAUUUUUUUGCUAUUCUGGGGACACAAGUGUUGACAGAAACCAGGCACAACCAGGCAAAGCUGGGUGAUACGUUAAAGAUAGGCUGAAUACAUUAUUACUUGAAGGAAAGCCAAAUCUGCAGGUGGAGUCCGGGGGAGCUUCUACUCUCAUCCCCUUUAAAAGCAGGAACAGGUGAAACAGAGUGAAAGGCUGAGGUCUUUGAGAGUUUCAUGAAACAGUCCAGUUCAGUCCAGUCCAAGUUCCAAAAUAAAAACAAACAGAAAAUCCCAAAUAUGAAAAAAUUCAACCCAAAUAUGCUGUCAAUACUAGAAUGAAAAGGUGGCUGGUGUUUAAUGGUGCAGCAGCUGCUGGAAUAUCAGCGCGGCUGGUUGUAGUUAGGUUCAUUAAUAAAAAAAUUAAACUGUGUUCUCUCGUGUGUAAGGUACCGGUAAGAAUCUUUCUAACCAACAUUAAAGUGGACAUCAAUCUACAGUAGCAGGUGAAAAAAUGUUGCAAACAGAAAGAAGAAAACAUACAUGAAAGGUGGAUUUUGGAGAGGUCUGUAUGCAUCUGUGCAAACUAAAGCCACACAAAUCACCCUGCGUCUGCUAGAAGUAUUAUGAGCAGGUUUUAACACAAAUGCAAUUUUGUGUUAAAAUUAGUACUGAAAUUGUACUGCGCGGCCUAAUCAGCAUAAACAUAGCCUCAGCUGCUGUUCUUCUCCCACCUUGGCGCAAACACGUUUGGAGGAAAACUGUGUAUGCCCUUGCACUGACUUUACCCAUGCAGGAAAAUAGAGCCCUCAGUGUUGUUGUCUUACUAAUGUUUUUAUACAAGUCAGAUCUGAAUGACCAUAUUUCUUAUGUGAACAUGAACAUUAUAGCCUCCUGGUUCACCAGUGUUUUGAAACGGGAUGACAUCCAGAAAAACAAAUGGAAAAAGAAAACAAUUUAAAAUUUUUUUUACGGCUUCAACAAUGUAUUAUUUUGAGUUUUAGCAUCAGUUAUCAGUACAUAUGCUAAAGGGAAACAAUCCAUUGCUGAGAUGACUGGCAGCCUCUACUGGCUUUUACACUGUUUUAAAGGGAUAGAUUUCAUGGGGAAAGUGCUGCAUUGCUGGCACAAAGACAGAUAGAAGUACAAACUGUACUUUGUAAUUGUUCUAAAAAGAGUUCACAUUUCUUACUACUUAAAACAACAUGGUACUGAUGUCCCAGUGCAAAGAGAGCUAAAGCUUUCAGUCUGUAGAAGCUUAUGAAGUGACAGACUGAUGAUAAAAUCAUGUCCCAUAUAAUAUAUAUAAAUAUAUAUAUAAAGUUGAAAAAAGCUAAAAAUAAUAUUAAUAGUUAUAUAAUGAGUAAUGCAACUGGUGUGAAACAGAGGUCCUCAGUCUUCACAACAGUGGUCUUGUUUGUUUAUGUUAAUCUAACAAGUGUCAAAAUGUAUUUGUAGUUGGUGUAUCCAUAUAGCACCUUUUUUUAAAAACUACACUGCAGUGCAAAUUUAAUGGCUGUUUAUUUUGUGGACUGUGGUUUUGUUUCUGUGUUGUAACUCCUCAAAAUAUGUUUGUCUGGUGAUUAUUUUAGCUUGUAGAUAGCAGACAGUGAUAUUGAUUAGUUUUGUUUCAUGAUACAUGCUAAAACAGUUAACAUUUGUAAAUAUCCUGUAGCAGCUUUGCAAUGGGAUUAUGUACUAUAGUCAUGUGAUUAUAUCAGUGUAAACCAUGAAGUGCCUCUCUGCCUUGGAAGUGAACUUUGUGAUUAAUGGUUCUUGACAUUGGCAGUGAUGAGUGAUCUGACAUGUGAUAUCCUUUUAUUUUGAUUAUAUUAUCUCAUUUAGAUACAUACCUAAAGUCUUUUUUGUAAAUCCAAUAUUAAAGCAAAU